AACAUGUGAACCAACAUAACAUGCAUAAUGCCAGUAUAUUUGAAUAGAUUAAAGUAAAAACAAUUAAGAAAUGGAGCAUUUGGAAUAUAUCAUCAUAUUUGCUUGGAAUUGACUAAUUUUAUACAACAAUGAAUACCAAGACAGUCACAUUAGCGAAUAUUUAUUAAAUACGAAAUAGAAUGGAUUCUUGCUACAUAAGGUUUCUAGCAUGUGUGCUAUGUGUGACGCUAUCCCUAUAUGUGACACCAGUGGUGACCCAGACUUGCCCAGAUGAAUGUGUGUGCAAUGAGAAUAUUAAAGAGAUGAAUUGCAGCUAUAGGGGUCUGGAUAAGCUACCUAUACUCAGGACAGACACACAGCGCCUCAUAUUGCGUGGAAAUAACCUCAUUCAAAUAGGUGACCUGGCAUUCAACAGGUUGACAGAUCUACAGUAUCUGGACCUGAGUGAAAACAUGAUAAGUACAAUAUCAGGGUCAGCAUUCAGUGGCCUCAGAUCCCUCGACUACCUUAAUCUGGCCAACAAUGGCCUUGGGUCCCUCAAUGUCUACCUCUUUGAUGACUUGGUCAGUCUCCAGGACUUGGACCUCAGCUCUAACCGCUUCAACUCAUUAGAUAUAACCUCAUUUCAAUACUGCAAAGUCCUAGAAAAAUUGAACCUUCGCAAAAACAGAUUCACAACAUAUAUCCUCACAGUUGUUAACACCAUUGGUUCAUUAAAUUACUUGGAUUUGUCAGAGAAUUUACUGGCAGGAAGUUUUAUUGGAGUAGCCCAGUUCACACAGCUGAAAUACCUAAAUGUUCUUUUAAUGAGUUCCAGUGGAGUUGAUCUAUUUUCAACAUCAACAUUUAGUGGAUUGAACCAGCUACAAAGAUUGGAUUUAUCAGGGAAUACUUUACAAGCGUUAUCGCCUGAAGUUUUAACUUAUGUGCCCAAUUUAUGGCAACUAGGCUUGAACGGGAACACAUUUAGAUGCGACUCUACGCUUGAUUCAUUGAAGAACUACAUAGUUGAGAAAGGUAUCAACAUAUUUGAUGAGUUUACAUGUGUGUUGGGGAAUGGCACUAGAACUGAUGUGAAGGUGACUCACUACACAGUCCAAGUGUGUGAGGAUGGCUCCACUCCUACUGUGCCAACCUCUUGCACUGGGACAACUCUCAAUGUCAAGGUCACUUCUGUUUUUGACACUGCAGUCGCUGUAUCAUGGACACCAAAUGGCCUCAUCGCUCUUCCAAACACACGCCUCAUUGUAGACAUUAGACAAUUCAACAGUAAUUCAAACUCAACAUUAAACAUUCCAGCGGAGAAUGGCUCAAUGUUGUUAACAGGCCUGAGAUCAAACACGGGGUAUGUCACGUGCUUCACGUUUGAAUUCUGCCGUUUAUCUAGCUGUGUUGAUGUAAUGACCACAGGUGGUGUAGCCGUAGUCCCACAGACGCAAAUGUCACAUGAGAAAAAUGUGGCUAUCACCCUGAGUGUCAUCCUAACUUUCCUAAUAACUGUCCUUCUAAUGUUGCUACUGGGAUAUCUCCUGCUAAGAAGGAAUCCUGAAGCCAUGGAACACAUAGAGGCCCCUGUCAAAGUCUCAAAUCUUCCAAUUUGGAGAAACAGAAACAAUGAAACUCCUGAGAGUCCAAAGAGAAAUGGAGAUGUAGAUCAUGAUGAUACAACAAACACCGACCCUGGACUUGAGAAAAAGACAUUUGACUGGGAGAAAAUGAAGUUUUGGAAUAAAUUGCGACAUGACCCAAAUGAUCCUGAGGCAGGCUUUGAUAUGCAGAAGUUGAUGUUCUGGAAACGAUUUAGAAGGGAUAAUGAAGAAGCUCCACCUCCCCCUGUGAGAAAUCUAGAGGAACCAGCUAUCCAUCGUGAACUGAACAGAAUGGAGAUUGAUGAUGGUGAUAUGUGGGAAGGUGAACAAUGGGACGAUGACUUCUAUGAUGACCCAAUACAAGUAAACAAAUCUAAGCUCAGCACAGUGUCAGCCUUCACCAAUAGUGGCUACAACAAUGGUGAAGAAAUCUACCAAAAUGUAGAUGAAAAGAGGGAUAGUGAUGAUCGUAAAUAUUUAGAACUCAAAAGGGACUCGGAGGGCAAUCUUGAAGAGCCAAAAACUCAGGGAAAAGCUAAACCUAAUGCCUACACUGGAAUGAAAACCAAGAGAGGUAGUAGUGUUGAAAUUCUAUCAAACCCUAAAUAUGACACCCAAUCUUCCAGUUCAUCUCUAAAUGAGCGAGGUCCGCUACCCCCGAUUCCUGCCCCCAUGCAAGAGGACCAAGAGGUGUAUGAAGAACCCGUGCCCACCCUCCCAAGGUCACAGAUUGCAAACAUCUCAGCAAUGAAAAAGAUGGGCAAAGUUGAGGACUUGAGCAAAGACUCUAAGCUUAGUGAACAGCCAUCAUAUGCAGAAUAUGAUGACUCGGGUAAUGCAGCCUCCCCUGAGUGGGAACCCGAGGAUGUAUAUGAGACAUUUGAUGAUGAAGAUCAAAUGGAUGGUAAAACACAUAAAGACAAACAUACAGCUUCAGACAAGCCAAAUACAACAAAGAAUAAUAAUACUGUCAAUAAUAAAACUGCUCAAUCUAACACAAAAAGAACAUUAGCAUAUCUAUCUAAUAUGCAAAAGCGAGAAUCAAGUGAUGCCUAGCUGUAAUAACUAGUCAUUAAGACCAACUUGACAGAAGUCAUGAAACUAACUGAACAAACAACACAGAGGAUAUAAUAUUCCAAUUUAUCUAGUUCAAAGACUGUCUCUGAUUCUGUUACUACAGAAAAAUCAGACAGCCUUUGAAAUAGGUAAGUUCCAAUAAUUAGUGAACACAAGCAGUUUGUUCAAUUGCCUCUAAGAGAACCAUGACAAUGAACGUAGGCUCAUCACCACUUCUAUCAGGAGUCACGUCAAUGAACG